CCUCCCCGCCCGCCGCCCCUGCCCAUGAACCGGCCUAAGCCAUCCACAGUAUGUUCGCAGGCUCGGCUUGUGUGCGAGGAAACAUGAGCAGAGUGACAUAUUCAGAGUCCCGGGCCGAGCGGCGCAGGUCGCCGGAUAAAGCUGCAGAAGAGACGGAGCUCCGUGAUUUUGGCCACAACAUCUCCGGAGGGGAACAUGUGAGUGGGGAAUGGGCCGGAGGAGACAGGAUUACUGCUCUACACCGCGGACCGACUCCGGAGGAGCCCGGGACAGGGGAGACACUUGCGCCCCGUGUCGCACCCGCGGGGAUCUUUUCCUUUUUGCGCAACUCGGGGACGAUCUGGCCAAAGAUGAACGCCAUCGUGUUUAAUGAGCUGAGCGGCCAGGUUCUGUUUGAGGACAAGGCCAACGAGGUGGAGAGGAGCAGCAGAAAUUACUUGGAAGUCAUGGAUGGACAACACCCGGACCUUCUCUCCAGCAACCAGGCCAUCAUGGACAACCAGGCUAUCCGACACAGACGGAACGGGGGUCGUCCCGGUGGCAGCAAAGUGCGACACAAGCGUCAGGCCCUGCAAGAUAUGGCGCGGCCGCUCAAGCAAUGGCUGUACAAGCACCGAGACAACCCUUACCCGACUAAGACGGAGAAGAUUCUGCUGGCUUUGGGUUCACAGAUGACCCUGGUGCAGGUUUCCAAUUGGUUCGCCAAUGCCAGGAGGCGGCUGAAGAACACGGUGAGGCAGCCCGACUUGAGCUGGGCACUUCGGAUCAAGCUUUAUAACAAGUAUGUUCAAGGCAAUGCCGAGAGACUGAGCGUCAGCAGCGAUGACAGCUGCUCGGAUGAUGGCGACAAUCCUCAGAGGAGCCAGAACACUGCCGUGGAGUUCACCAAGCCCAUGUACCAGAGUGUCAUUAAGAAGGAAGGCUCGACCAUGAUGGGCAUGGCCAUGGGGAUGGGAGCGGGGCUCCCCUCGGCCACCGAAGCCGCCUCGCUGGCCGAUGACUACGUGUCGCCGCCCAAAUACAAGAGCAGCCUGUUGCACCGCUAUCUCAAUGACUCACUGCGUCAUGUCAUGGUGGCCAACGCCGUCAUGGACGCUCGCAAGAGGAACCACUCCGGCUCCUUCAGCUCCAACGAGUACGACGACGAGUUGCUCUCGCCGACCUCCUCGGAGGCAGAGGCGAACUUUGUUUAUCGCGCUGAAACAGCAGAGCACGGAUCAAGUAAAUAUGACAACGGUGGCGUCAGAGCCGAACACAAGGAGAAGGUGAAGGGCAAAGAUGAGACGUACUGGAAGGAGAUCAAUGCCGCCAUGGCCUUGACCAACUUGGCGCAGGGGAAGGACAGUGCCCCCGGGACCACCAGCUGCAUCAUCCAAAAGUCUUCCCAUAUAGCGGAGAUCAAGACUGUUAAAGUGCCACUUGUGCGCCGUUAUUAGCUCCGAGGCGAGCCUCCUCAUUCUAUGCAAACAUUCCUGUUUUGGCAAAGCAUUCAUAAGAGGACUAUUAUGGAAGGACGACGAAAUAUUUUGUCGGUUUCAAAGUGUCUUCAGUGGGACUCGUUCCGUGCUGACGUGCAAACAGCGUCGGCAACUUGUACUGCAGUAUUUCCUUUAGCCAGACACUUUUGUUUUGUAAAAUUAACUUAUUUUACGGAAUGACUUUUCCCUCCUAUUUUUGAUGCUCAAUGUGUAUUUUGCCAAAGUGACUUUUGCUCUUGUAAAUGCAAAGCACAGAUGCGAGUCGUGCCUCUCUGGAAUUUGUGAAGGAUUAUUUGACCGAUGUUUGGUGUCACUGUCGUGAUACAGGAAGUGGAAGUGUGUGCCUUGAAAGACCAAAUGAGGUCAUCAAUCAUUAUUGCACACACACACUCGCACACAAACACGCAUGCAGACAGACACGCAUAUCGUGCGGUUAACACUUUGUUACAAAAUAAGCCCAAGUCGUUUCUUGAAGGUGUCCUGUUUAUUUUGACUGAUGUCCUCCGUUUGACUGUAAACUGAAGCAUGUUUUGUCGGUGCCGGCAGCCCAACAAUGACACUUAGGUACGCAGAUACGCGGCGCUAACGUGAGCAGCGCGUCGAUAAGGAACUAAGGGACGCGUCUCAUCCUUGGAUUGUGUCUUAUUAGUGACGACGCUCCCUCUUAUCGGAACAUAACAUGCAUAAGCUGGACCGAAAUCAAGCGAGGCUCACACGUGCGGUGACACAAAUAUGCACACGGUACAAACGUAACCCCUGAUCUGUAAAGGGAUUUUUUUUUUCCUGGGGUCAUUAUCAGAAUGGCAUUGGUUUAUUCUCUUUUUCUUUUGUAUUGUGCUCACGAAUAAGAUAUGAGGGGUGAAAAAAAAAAAGAAAACACGACAACUCCCACCACCCUGCUUCAUCCUCAGCUGUUCAACAUUACAUUCAAAAUUGCUGUUUACAAGAAGCCGGAAGGACACGUUUAAACAUUUGACUUUUUACCCCUUCUGUUUCUUUUUUUGUUUGUCUUUACGUACGUGCAUUGCAGUAGUAUCUCAUCUUAAAUGUUUUUUGUCAUUGCUAAUCUGUACACGUGUGGUCGUGGAUGUUUUUGAUCAGGCUUCUGUACAUGGUUUUUACGCCAGCCUACCACAUUAUGAAGGGCUUCUUUGACAUUUGACGAAAAGAGGCACUUUCAUCCAAAGUACCGACCUGCUUGCCAAUCCAAAGUUUGACAAAGUGGAGAUGAUCAAUCAGACUUUUUUUCUUUUUCUUCAGGGUACUGUGUAUGGGUGUCAUGAUGGAGUAUCUGAGCCGCGAUGAAAACAAAAGAGAAUACGUGACGGGUCAAGUCGAAUCUGAGAGCAACAGCCACCGUUUAUCUCUACAGACCUGCCAUAUGCAAAUAUAAAAAAAGAACCCAAACGUUUUGUUAAUUUACAUUAAACCGCUCAGACUGAUGACGGUGUUCAUUUUCAUCCAUUUUUUUUUGAAAACCACUUGUCCUUAUUAGAGUCUCAGCUGAAUUUGGGCAGGAGGGCGGGGUAUACUUCUCAAAUAGCUGUCAGUCAAUCACAUCUUUUUAUGAAACUUCAAAGGAUAUCCGGUCGCUACGAUUGUAACGUUGAGGUCUUUAUCCUCCCCCCCAAAAAUCCGACUUGGGUUAUCUUUUCGGCGAGGGCUUAAUACUCCAUCGUGUCAGAAUGUACAUUCCUUUGUAAAUUGUGCAGUUUUGUUUUGUUGUGUUUUGACAACCCAGACUGUGAUUAUGGUCAAGGAUUUAGGAGAGGGAGCAAUGCUGCACAAAGUAACUUUUUGACCUUUCUACAUGAAUGUGCAAAUAGUUAAAAUCAUGCACUUAUGAACACGUCUUGUCAUUUAAUCGAAAGCCUUUAUUGGGAACGUGCCUUUUUACACAAAGUCCCAAAAAAAAAAAAAAAAAGAGAACCCAAUAUUUUUCAUCUUCACAUGCUGAUGGAUGUUGAAAUGAAUCACACUAGCUCA